UCCUUGAGACUAUAUAACAACCCCAGUGGAAACCCCAUCACUCUCAUCAUUCUCAAAUCCAUCAUCUCACUAUUAUUCACAAUGGUGAAACUCAAACUACAGAGGACUUUCGUCGCCGCUCUUCUUUCUGCUCUCUGUCAGGCAGACCAAAACAUUAUCUCUUCCUCCGUACGACCCAAGUAUAAUCUUGAUCACAUCAAACCCUUGACCCAUCCCUCCUCAGGUCAAAUCAAAUGCUGUCCCGAGGGCACGCUUUUUGACGGCGAGUCUUGUGUGCUAGGUGUCCCCAAAUGCCCCGACAACACUUUCUUCAAGGACAACAAGUGCGUUUCCACGACCAAGCCCAGCUGUCCCGGCGGAGAGGAAUUCAACGGCAAAGUCUGUAUCACCGAGGAGGCUCCCACCUGUCCUCCCCCAACUGAGCUUCAGGGCAAAGUUUGCGUGUCCAAGACGCUGCCGUCAUGCCCCUCGGGAUUCAAGGUCGAAGGCAAUGUCUGUGUCUCUACCCAACAGCCCCUGUGUCCCGACGAUGAUCUCUUCAACGGCAAAGAUUGUGUGAGCGACACUGGACCACUGUGCCCGGACGACAAAACCCUCCACAAUGGCAUGUGCAUCGAUAAGCUGCCACCUAGCUGCGCCCAGGGAAGCCACUUCGACUCGCACGUCAAACGGUGCGUAUCUCAGCAGGGCCCCGUGUGUCCUGAGGGGACCAGCCUCCAAGAGGAAAACUGUGUGUACGAAGAUGGCCCCUCGUGCCUGGACCCGACGGUCUUCAACCCUAAGACCAAAACCUGCACCUUGACGGAGAACCCGUCCUGCCCGGAGAACGAGGAGUUCGACAACGGCAAAUGCUACUCGUCGACGGGCCCAUCCUGUGACACCGGCACGGCCCUGUCUCUCGACCGGUCGAGCAACACCGCGCGCUGCUGCCCACCAGGCAUGGCCUGGGAUGGAGAAGUGUGCGCCAUUGACGUGGGUGAAGGCAACUGCCCCCCUGGCCUGAUCAAGGUCGGGACACGAUGUGAGAAGCAGGCCGUAAAGCCCCCGACGUGCCCGCCGACCUUUAAGCGCGAUGGAGCCCGGUGCGUGUCGCAGGACCCGCCGGCUUGCCCUCCCGACUCGACACGGGAUGGGACAGUUUGCUCCUCGGCCGAGCGUCCUAUUUGCCCUCCGGACGCGAAACUGAAGGGUGGCGAGUGCGUGACGACGGAGGCCGCUGUCUGUGCCGAGAACACCAAGCUCGACGGGGACCACUGUGUCAGCUUGGAUGGCCCGGUCUGCGAAGAGGGCUCCCGCUUCGACGGCACCAAUUGCGUGGCCCAGCGGCCCGGGUGUGCUAAGGGAUCCUACUUCAACGGCGAGGAGUGCCUAACGGUUAGCCGCCCGGGUUGUGCUAAGGAUACUACCUUCGAUGGCCACCGCUGUGUGUCGGAAAGCCGGCCCGAGUGCCCUGCCGGCAGCCUGCCGACUAAUGGGACCUGCAUGACCAACAAGAGGCCCCAGUGCCCGCCCAAGUCUGUGAUGGUAGGUAACGCGUGUGUCACUGGGCCGCCGGAUUGUGGUAAGGGCCUCACCUUUGACGGCACCCAGUGCGUCACGCUGGAACAUCCCGGCUGUCCUCCGGGCUACAAGUGGACAGCUGGCGAGUGUGUGAGCCAGGAAGGGCAGAGCUGUGAGCCCGGCUAUUCGCUUCGCCACGGCGAGUGCGUCUCCGGCGUCCGGCCCGGCUGUGGCCCCGGGACUAGCUUCAACGGAACCGCUUGUGUUGGAGGUGAGCCUCGAUGCGGGCCCGAAACUUACUUUGACGGCACGGAAUGCGCCUCCGAGCACACCCCGGAUUGUCGUGCAGGCCUCAGGUACAACGGCAGGAGGUGUGUCGCGGAGAUCGAUCCUGCCUGCGAGCCGGGGACUCAGUGGCAUGCUGCCUCUAAGGAGUGCGUGGGGGAGACGCCACACUGUCCCUAUGGCCAGCGAUUCAAUGGAGAGCACUGCGCUCUGGCCUCGGAUGAAUGUAUGGAGUUUGAGUUCUGCCCAGCCAAGGGGUCAGGAGGCUUGCAGCCCACCUCCAGAUAGGGUGAUUUCCAAAAUAUGCUGAUGCGGAUCAUCACUGUGGUAUUAUCUUAGUGUUCAAGCCUGGUCUCGGCUUGUGGCUCUUGCUUUCCUACGCCUUUUGUUAGUGCA